AUGGACAAGGGAUCGCUUCUCACAGCUUCCAGGGUGGAGCCGGGUGUUUCCCUCAACCCCCACUCGACUUUGAUCAGUCGUCUUGGUCCUGUCCUCGCGUUUGCCGCCCGCUUCCAAUACUUUAUUAGCACUUUUUCCUCAUUUCUGUACAUUCAUGCCUAUUUUGUCACGAGCAUAGCCUUUGUCAACGCCCUCUAUGCAAGUCGUUUCCUCGCCAUCCAAGCCUACAUCGCUACCAAGUUGGGGGCCUUUCACGGCCUCAGUAUGUCUGCCAGGGCACUUGCCGAUGUCUGGGACGCCAAAACAACCCGCAUGCUGAGGAAGAAGCUCUUUUACGAGUUUGCCGUCUUCAUUCUUGGGAGUGGAAACUCCGUCAUCUUGUUGUUGUUCUGGCCAGGGUGGUUGGUAGUGGGCGGGGCAUCGUUUGCCGUGUGGCAGUUCUGCGGAUGA